AUGAAAGCAUUUUUUAGUGAAAAUUCCAAACAACGUUAUAAUGAUAUAUUUCAUUUAUUAAUUAUUUUACGUUAUGUUCAAAAUGAAUUAAAUAAUUUAUGGUUAAUAUUAAAAAAUCAACAUAAAAAUUCUUUAAUAUUGCAUUUAAGAAAUGCAAUGUCUUUUUUUAUAAAUAAUUUUCAAUAUUAUAUUCAAAUUGAUGUAUUAGAAUAUAAAUAUCAACAAUUAAUACGUUCAAUAUUAUCAAGUACUGAUUUUCAAAAAAUUAAAUAUUUACAUGAAGUAUUUUUAUCUGAUAUUCAACAACAUUCAUUUAUGCUUUUAGCAACAGCAUAUCAAUCAAUAAGAAAUAUUUUAUCAAUAUGUGUUUCAUUUUGUUUAACAGCAAAACAACAAGAAAAUAAUAAUAAUUUUGAUGAAAAUAUUUUACGACAAUUUGGACGAGAUUUUAAUGAUGAAAUAAGACUGUUAUUUGGAAUAUUAGGAAUGGUUCAAAAACAUAAUGCUUUACCACAUUUAGGUGUUUUCUUAACAAGACUUGAUUUCAAUAGAUUUUUAACAAAUAAUAAUGGAUCAUUUGGAGAAUUCUAA